AUGUGCGAGAAAUCGGUGCUUUAUGCCGCGCCUGGAACAGAAGUGAUUUCGAGCCACGAGCUAACGAACGAGUUGGCCGCCGGGAUUGAGAAGUCCGGGUUACCAUUUGUUUGGGUGGUUAGGAACCGCCUCGUCCCGGCCGGGUUCGAGGAGCGAGUCUCGGGCCGGGGAUUCAUCUGGGUGGGCUGGGCUCCGCAGACGCGGAUCUUGGCCCACGAGGCGAUCGUUGGGUUCCUGACGCAUUGCGGCUGGAACUCCACGAUCGAGGCGGUGAGCCACGGGCCUUGUGGCCCGGUUCCUGAACGAGAAGCCAGUCGGGUUUGA